UUGCACUUCUCGAUAGUGCCAUUGAAGUGAGUCAUCUCUAGGAAGUGUGGUUAAAAAAGAAAGAAGAAAUAGAAAAGGGGAAAAAAACGAUCAUCGACGUGUUCCGUGAACGCCACAGGUCGCGCGUAAUCGGCAAGACGGUGGAAAAUACACACAGGGAUCGACAGGCAGACCCCCCACCACCACGACCCCCCCAAAAAACGACUUUGAAGUGAGUGUCAACCUGCGUGUAUCUCAACUUGAAGUUCAAGUUGGCGCACCUUGCACCUCUUGAAUAACAAACGGACAACCGCCUCCAAGACUUCGCGUCGUCCUCAUGUCCUAGGUGACUUCAAAACGGCAACUUUUAUCAACUCUCUUCUGGAAACACACAGUCCAAUUGGAGGAUUUUAUUUUUUAUUUCCACCCUGCUGGUGCCUUCGACACAAGCGAGGAUUUUUCUUUCCCUCCUCUCAGCACGCAACAAGUCUGCCGGGCUCUCCUUCUUCUUUCCUGGAUCAUGUACCAGGACUACUCCGGGAAUUACGACACGUCGUCCCGCGGCAGCAGCACUUCCCCGCCACAGCCCGAGUCCUUGACGAGCGGCAGCAGUACCAUAGGAAGCCCCAUCUCUACCUCCACCUACCAGAAAUACAGGGUCGAUAUGCCCGGCUCCAACAGUGCCUUCAUCCCCACCAUUAACGCAAUCACAACCAGCCAAGACCUUCAGUGGAUGGUGCAGCCCACCGUCAUCACCUCCAUGUCCAACCCGUACUCCCGCUCCCACCCAUACAGUCAUCACCUGAGCAACGGCCAGGGGCUGCUGGGCCACAACCCCCUGGCUCGUCCCGGGGUCAUCCGCUCCAUCGGUGACGCCAGAGGCCGACGCAAGAGGGACGAGCAGCUCACCCCAGAGGAAGAAGAAAAGAGGAGGGUGAGGCGGGAAAGGAAUAAGUUGGCCGCCGCCAAAUGCCGCAACCGUAGACGCGAGUUGACGGAGAUGCUGCAAGGGGAGACGGAGAAACUAGAGGAGGAGAAAGCCGACCUGCAGAAAGAGAUCGAAAGCCUCCAGAAGGAGAAGGACAAACUGGAGUUCAUGCUGGUGGCACACAACCCCGUGUGCAAGCUGCCCAACGAGGAUCGCCAUCAGCCUCCGGCGCACCAUCAGAACCAUCAGCAUCAGCAGUGCGCCCCCCUGCCCUUGACCAUGCGCCCCAACGUGGCCGCCCGGGCCCACGUCAACCACGUGGUGGUGAAGCAAGAGCCGGCCGACGCGGAGGAAGCGGUUCAGGGCAAAGCUCAGCAUUCCGUUAUCAAGCCCAUCUGCCUGGGUGGGAUGUACUGUACGGACGGCGACAGCCUCAACACGCCGGUGGUGGCGGCCUCCACCCCGGCAGCCACGCCCAACGCCGCCAACCUCAUGUUCACCUACCCGAGCAUGCUGGAGCCCGACAGCCCCUCGCCCUCCUCCGAGUCUUGCUCAAAGGCCCACCGUCGCAGCAGCAGCAGCGGCGACCAGUCGUCGGACUCCCUCAACUCGCCCACCCUCCUGGCCCUGUGAGCGCGUGCGCCAACCAAACGCUGCGAGGAUGGAAAGACCCCAUAGCACAUUUGGAGAUGGUGAUCGUGUAUCGUGUAACCCCCCCCCCCCCCCCCUUGGCAAGGAAACCCCACAAGGGCUACGCUGCGUGUUUCUUCUUGUCCCGCCUCAGUCUAUUGAGUCGGACUCGUACAAGGUGUGUGCGGCAAUCCUUAACGCGUCAUCGCUUUGCCAUCUCAAUUUAGUGUCAACUUGUUUACUCAAGACUUGAAAUCUGGCCAUUCUCACUUCAGAUUAUUAUACAAAAUCACUUCUUAAUAUAUCUAUAUCUAUAUAAAUAACUAUAUUUUUAGAAGAAUGAAUUAAAAGCCAUGACCACUUGCACUCUGCCAGACGAAUCAACAGAUCACAAAGAGGUCAUAGCACGAGAGACACUGAGCAAACGUUUCGUCAUCUUUAUUUUCAUUUAAAAUAUCUCCUUUUAUAAAUCCCCUCCCCACGGACCUUGAUUCAUCUCUUCAAUCAACUGUAUUGUAUGUACUGAAAAAACAAAAUAAGUGUUUUGGAGAUGUUUGCCCCCCAUCUGCCUGUAGAAAAGCAUCAUGGUCUUCGGUGUUCCAAAUUAAUGGCGCCUUCUUCACUUUCUCUUUUGCCAAUGUGGCUUGACCGCGUUCGUAAUGGUGUGCUUCACCUCAGUGGUUGUGUACCUGAUCUUUACAUGUUUAAGACAAAAGUUGCGUGCGCUUUACAUCGAUGUCAGGAAUAUUACCGCAUCCCGAAGAACGCAGGCUGUGUGGUCGUCUUACCAAAGGGACAAAAGAAAAAAAUAAAUGGGGUCAUUGUGCAACGUCAGGAAUUUUCCCGGCAUUUAAAGACGACGUAAAAGCGCUCACGUCUG